AAUUUGGCAAUAAUCAAUCGAUGUUCGAUUGAUAUUUUGUUUCUCUUUCACUCAAUCAUUCUUUCACUUUCCAUUUAACACUGUGAUCAACAAGUGCCAUCAGAAAAUUUCAGCAUUUAAAUAUGUCUUAUUAUACGAUUCCGAAUAAAAUCCAGAAUUCAAAUAACAAUAAUCCUAAUUCUCAACAACAUCAACAACGUACUAAUCCAAACAUUUUACCUUCAUCAAAUAUUUACAACAAUUUAUUAAUCCAUAAUUCUGGCCAAUCAUUUUCUCCCGAUUCUUCUUCUUCUUCUUCACGAAUUUAUGCCAAUAACAAUAUUAAUCCAAUAACAAAUCAUGAAAUUUUAAAUCAUAACAAUAAUAAUUAUGAAGAUUUAGACAAUCUGUCAUUGCCACCACCGCCGCCUCCUUCUUUUCAUUAUUAUCAUCAACAGCAACAACAAAAACCAUUGAAAAUUCCGUUGAAUCAUCAAGAAUCAAAUAUUCGACAUAUUUCUCAACAACAAUCGAAAACAAACAAAUUUGAUUCACGAAAUAAUUUUCCUUUACCACCACCACCACCACUAGCACUAUCUUCCGAUAUAGAAAAUUCUGCAACAUAUGCCAAUUUGAUUGAUACAUUUUCUGGUGUCAAUAUUGAUAAUGUUGAUCAUAAAAAUUUAAAUCAUUAUCAUCAUUCAAAUCAAUUAGUAGUAAAGUCAAUUGAAAAUCAAAAACAGCAACAAUCAAAAAAUCAGCCACCAUUAUAUGGAAAUAUUGAUGAUUAUCGAAUGGUAAAAAAUCCAACCAACAAUAACAAUUCUAUCCAUGGAUCUAAAUCAAAAGUACAAAAUAUUUAUGAUUCAAUAUUUGAACCAGUUAUCGAUCAUUCAUCAUUAGCUAAUAAUAAUCAACAUUAUCGUGAUCAACAACAACAACAACAGAAUCAUCAUCAAUCACCAUUCUUGAAUCAAUCGAAUCAAAUCUUUGUAAAGAAUUAUAAUUCGAAAAAUUCUAUCAAUAAUAACAAAAAUAUUUCGAGCUUAAAAAAUCAAUCAUCAACAAAUAUUAAAAAUUAUUAUCAUCCAACACGUUCGAAUCAGACGACAACAAUAUCAUCAUCACCAAUCAAUAAUAAUAAUAAUAAUAGGCCAAAACAAAUCGUGGUAAAAGGAAAUCAAGAAAAACAAGUUGAUCAUCUAACUGAUUUAUUAGUGAAAAGCAUGGAAAAUUCGGGUGAAAUUGAUUUUUAUGGAAUGUGCAAUAAAUGUGGUGAAAAAGUUGUAGGCGAAGGAAGUGGCUGUACAGCAAUGGAAAUGGUUUAUCAUACACAAUGUUUUACCUGUCAUGGAUGUAACAGUGAACUUCGUGGUAAAUCAUUCUAUUCGAUGGAUAAUAAUCCACAUUGUGAACAAUGUUAUAUGAAUUCAUUGGAAAAAUGUUCAGUUUGUGAAAAACCAAUUUUGGAUCGAAUACUUCGUGCAACAGGUAAACCAUAUCAUCCAAGUUGUUUUACCUGUGUUGUUUGUGAAAAAUGUUUGGAUGGUAUACCAUUUACGGUUGAUGCUUCCAAUCAGGUUCAUUGUAUUGAUUGUUUUCAUAAUAAUUUUGCUCCACGUUGUUCAGUUUGUAACAAACCAAUCAUACCGGAAGCAGGUAAAACUGAAACAGUUCGUGUUGUUGCAUUGGAACGAAGUUUUCAUGUUAAUUGCUAUAAAUGUGAAGAUUGUGACCUGUUGCUUUCAUCUGAAGUUGAAGGACGUGGUUGUUAUCCAUUAGAUGAUCAUAUUCUUUGCCGUGGUUGUAAUGCUAAACGUGUACAAGCUAUUACUGGUUAAAUUGGAAUGGUUGUUAUUCUUACCAACAACAACAACAACAAAAAACUUCAUUUUUUCAUUCAAUCUCAAAAGCCUACUUUUAUUUGCAUCUUCACACACACAUUACACAAACACAAAUUGAACUUAUGACAACAAAAGGGAAAAACAAUU